AAUAAUUAUUUAAUAUCCACAUAUUCAAGUUCAAAAGCCUUCUAUGCGAAGAGCCAACAGUCACCCCCCUUCACAGGAAUUAUCAGGAUUUUUCUGGCACCAAGGUGAACUCUUCUUGGUACUUCUGGCAGUGACAAGCUGCAAGACAGAUUUAUCUGCUAAAUGUUCUUGGGCAAGGAAAAAAGUGAAACCUGUGGAAGCCGCAUCAGGAUAGCAGAGCACAGACCCCUCCCUCCCUGGUUGCGCAUUUGUACAGGAACCCAGCCUGGACUUGGAUGCUUCUGCUGAAGAGCGUCUGCCUCGUGCACCACCCAAGUUCGUCUGCUUGGCGAGACCUGGCCAAGGUGUUCAGGUGCUUCUCAUGGUCUUUUUCUCCAGUCAUUCUCCUCCCAAGGCUUCUGCUCAGACUCCUGAAUGACGUGAACCUUGGAAUGGAGUUUGUUGCCGCUCGGGGAACUGCUUCCUUUUCCAGGCUGGCACUGUUGGAAAGGACCAUCUGAAGGCUGUGGUUUGUUCUCGGGCCGGAGGGCGCUGGCCUGCUGGACGCCCACCAUGCUCCUAUUGCUGCCGUUCGACAGCCUGCUCGUCAGCCUCCUGGGCCUCUCCCUGACUGUGCUCUUCACCCUCCUCCUCGUCUUCAUUAUAGUCCCCGCUGUGUUUGGAGUCUCCUUCGGUAUCCGGAAGUUCUACAUGAAAACUUUGUUAAAAAUCUUUGCGUGGGCUACCUUGAGAAUGGAGAGGGGAGCCAAGGAGAAGAACCACCAGCUGUACAAGCCCUACACCAAUGGGAUCAUUGCAAAGGAUCCCACUUCUCUUGAAGAAGAGAUCAAAGAAAUCCGUCGCAGUGGAAGUAGCAAGGCUCUGGACGACACUCCUGAGUUCGAGCUCUCCGACAUUUUCUACUUCUGCCGGAAAGGAAUGGAGACCAUUAUGGAUGACGAGGUGACUAAGAGAUUCUCAGCAGAGGAGUUAGAGUCCUGGAACCUGCUGAGCAGAACCAAUUACAACUUCCAGUACAUCAGCCUGCGGCUCACGGUCCUGUGGGGCCUGGGGGUGCUGGUCCGCUACUGCUUCCUGCUGCCGCUCAGGAUAGCUCUUGCUUUCACGGGGAUCAGCCUUCUGGUGGUGGGCACCACCGUGGUGGGAUACUUGCCCAGCGGGAGGUGUAAGGAGUUCCUCAGCAAACACGUGCACUUGAUGUGUUACCGGAUCUGUGUGCGAGCACUGACAGCCAUCAUCACCUACCAUGACAGGGAAAACAGACCAAGAAAUGGUGGCAUCUGUGUAGCCAAUCACACCUCUCCUAUUGACGUGAUCAUUUUGGCCAGUGACGGGUAUUACGCCAUGGUGGGGCAGGUGCACGGGGGACUGAUGGGCGUGAUCCAGAGAGCCAUGGUGAAGGCCUGCCCGCACGUCUGGUUUGAGCGCUCCGAGGUGAAGGACCGCCACCUGGUGGCCAAGAGACUGACUGAACAUGUGCAGGAUAAGAGCAAGCUGCCCAUCCUCAUCUUCCCAGAAGGAACCUGCAUCAAUAAUACAUCAGUGAUGAUGUUCAAGAAGGGGAGCUUUGAAAUCGGAGCCACAGUCUACCCUGUUGCCAUCAAGUAUGACCCUCAGUUCGGUGAUGCCUUCUGGAACAGCAGCAAAUACGGGAUGGUGACCUACCUGCUGAGGAUGAUGACUAGCUGGGCCAUCGUCUGCAGCGUGUGGUACCUGCCUCCCAUGACCAGAGAGACAGAUGAAGAUGCCGUCCAAUUUGCAAAUAGAGUGAAGUCCGCCAUUGCCAGGCAGGGAGGCCUUGUGGACCUGCUGUGGGAUGGCGGACUGAAGAGGGAGAAGGUGAAGGACGCGUUCAAGGAGGAGCAGCAGAAGCUGUACAGCAAGAUGAUAGUCGGGAACCACCAAGACAGGAGCCGCUCCUGAGUGCCACCUCGUGCUGGCCAGCCACGCCCGAGUCCUGCCCGCGAGCCAGCUGGAGUUGCUGCCACUGCCGCCGCCCCCUGCUGCCUCCUCCCAGACUCAGGCUCUGCCAGGCUGCUCUGGCCUCGGGGACGCCAGCUGCCUAGAGCCACACCAGGAGCCCUCUGUGGCCUGAGCGAAUCCUGGGUGAAUACUGGGUGUCAACUGCCCAGGAGGAGAUGCCUUCUUGUUUCUUUCACGAUAAGUCCGUUGGAGGAACGCAAUUAAAGUCAGCUGCGCCUGUGCGUGUGUGCAGGGCUGAGUGAUUGGGAAGAACCGGUCACAGUCUCGUGUUGGGGGCGGCGUGAUGUUGGUUUGUGAUGAGUGCCCACGUGCCAGGGACUUUGCUGGGGGCACCUGGUCUUGCGAGAGGCACCGUGGAAGCAGUGUAGCUUGCUUCAGCCUGACCAUCACCCCCAGCCUUGGAGGUCUGCAGACUUCGUAAAAAGAACAGUCUUGUCUGUAGGGGCUUUCAACAAAAUGAAGGUUUUAAAUUGUUGUGCUGUUGCUUAUGGAAAGUUCUAGAGUGGGGGGAAGAGGCCAGUGGGCCGAUGGCUGCGGUGAGACCUGUGAGUCCUUCUGUGUUCAGACUCCAGGGCCGAGCCUGAGUGCCCGUGGGACUCUUUGUUUAAUGUGUGCCUCAGUUUCCCCAUCUGUAACGUGGGUCAGGAGGGGGAAGGUGGGGACGCCUACCUCUCAGGGUGGUUGUGGGGAUCAAAGUGCUCCCGUGAGUGAAGGACACGCAGUGUUCAGUGUUACAAGUUCAGGGCCAUGGGAUGGGGCAGGACGGGUUCUGAGCUCGAGCUGCACGGGGCUUUGGAUUUGUUUUUGUGAGUAAAUAAAAUUGGAUGGUGAAUGAA